GCCUUAAUUUAAGCCGUUGGUUCCGUUGCGCAUGGAUUUAGGAUCGGAGAUUCCGACCUCCGACACCCCUUUCCCGGGCCGGCUGACCAUAAGCACACGAACUUCAUUCCCAGUUCCCCGAAACCUUCAUGCAUACGUUCUGGGCCUAGUUGGUCUUCUCUCAUGGCUCAAUUUGGGGUUUCCCCGGUUCUGUGCUGCCGUUUGGGGGCGGUGUGCGUGGUUUGGGCAUCUGGUGCCGGGCGGCCUUGCCGCGAGAGCUCACGGGUGGCUGCAGCACUCAUCACACUUGGAACGGCAGGUUUGGGGAUGGCUCAGGGGUGACGGGUCGAGGGAUCCAUGUUGUCUGGCACACAACGGCUCGCUGUGUCCAGCCUCUUCGUCAGUGGGCGCCCAUCGGGGCGUGCAGCAACGAGCGGUCAAGUGAUAUUAUUCCGCGUCAUAUUUGGCCAUCGCCUGUCGCCAGCCUCUACGCCACAUUCUCUUUCAACUACGUCCGAUUACAUCGACGCCGAAUCAGCCGUUCGGCCCUGUCCUGCCUUGCCCCUAGCGUUCGGCCGACCCGGGCGACCCUGGCAACCCGCAUCCCCGUCGACACCGCCAUCGUUGAAGAACAAAGAGAGUUCUCAACAGGGUUGGCGGGUUUCAGACCAUGUUUCUGUCCUCAUCGGACAGUUUUCUUGUGUUGCCGUCGCGCAAAACGCAAGCUCGUGGGGGCAAGCAAGGCUCGGUGCAGUGACAGAUGCCCCCUGCCGCACCGCUGCCGCAAAACUUGGGCGAAGAAUGCGCGGUCGCCUUCUCGAAGAAGCCUGGACUUCUCUGAAGAAGGGCCCAGUUGUGGAGGGGGAGCGACUUCGGUCGAGACCGGUACUCGCGGCCUCCGUUUUGAGGCCAUGUGCUUCCGGCUGGACGGUGCUGUCCCCUCGCGCAACAGCGAAACCGACUCGAUUGGGGCAUGGAGGAGUGACACCAAGAAACCCCUAACCGGACUGUAACUGGGCGAGCACUCUUCAUGAUGCCCUCACCGGGAGGGCGCGCCUCAAGCGGUGAAGGAGCCACGUGUGCCGAGUCAAGGAGUCAUCUCCGUCUGGGAUGUCAACAUGGGACAGGUUUCGUUCUUUGUUCCACCUCCUCACCGGAGAUUCUCAACCAAGUAACCACACAACGCCUCCUGCAGCCGGCCGACGGUCUACUUUCUGUCAAGUGACCCCAAACAGGCCGCAUCCCUGCCCGGCCGCCCCCGGUGUGCCAUUUGCGAUGCCAAACUC